AUGUUCUCAAACCAAGUUAGCCCGAGUAGAGCCACAGGUAGCAUUACCUGCGAGCCAGACCGCGCCAUUCGCAAAGACAGCCUUGAUGGCGCCAGUGCUGCCGAAGAUACUGUCGCAGAGCCUAGUGUCGACGAGACAGACUACUAUGACGCCGUUGGAUACGCACCUCCGGCGCCAUGGCAAGAAGCACACGAUGCACUGCAGCAACAAAUCGCCCUCGACAACAGGGAGAGCGACUCGAAAGAAAGCAUGCCACAAAAUGUAUUUGCAGACAUCGGGCUGAAUCAUGAUUCACGGAUUCAAAGCGUAUUACCGCCAAGUGUUUAUGCUACAUCCAUGAAUUUUGCAUCGAGUCUGGAUGGAGGGAUUAUGACGCCGCAACAGAGACAACAACAUUUCGCUGCUCUGUAUCGGCAGCGGCUUCAACUCAUGCAGCGCCACCAGGCCCGUGAAAUGAGUCAACAGAUACGAGCUCAACUGCAGGCAAUGGCACGGAGAGUAUUCACGGCAUGUCACAGUGACGCCGAUUUGCCGGGUUCGGUGGCAUCGCAGGCUGUGUCUAGUGGGCGGAGUUCAGCAAGUGGUCUGGAACAUAACGCAAGUCCGUCAAAUAUCCCAACCAUUAAAAUAUGCUCGCUAAUAUAUUUGCUUCUACAGCUACGUACCGACGAAUCUGGCUUUGGACACGCCACAUCUGACCUCGGGGUUGAACUUUGA